AUGCCGACACCCGUCAACGGGACGGAUCAGGCCGUGUUGAAGCGGGUGGCGGUCCCGGACAAGGACUCGCUGCGGGGGAUGCGCACCGAGGUCGAAACCAUGAAGCGCCUCAAGGGCCACCGCGCCAUUGUCACCUACAUCGACUCGCACGCCUCGGAGCUGCGCGGCGGCGGCUACGAGGUCUUCCUGCUCAUGGAAUACUGCAACGGCGGUGGGCUGAUCGACUUCAUGAACACGCGCCUGCAGCAUCGCCUGACCGAGCCCGAGAUCCUCAACAUCUUCGCCGAUGUUGCCGAGGGCGUCGCCUGCAUGCACUACUUGCGCCCAGCGCUCCUACACCGCGAUCUGAAAGUCGAAAACGUGCUCAUCACCAUGGUCGGGUCCGCCCGCAAGUUCAAGCUCUGCGAUUUCGGAUCGGCAGCCCCCCCGCGCGCCGCGCCCACCACCACCGCCGAGUGCCGCGCCAUGGAUGAGGACGUGCAAAAACACACGACCAUGCAAUACCGGAGUCCGGAGAUGGUCGAUGUCUAUAGGAAACAGCCCAUCGACGAGAAGUCCGACAUCUGGGCGCUCGGCGUCUUGCUCUACAAGCUUUGCUACUACACUACGCCGUUUGAGGAGCAGGGGCAACUUGCCAUUCUUAAUGCGAGCUAUCGGUUCCCCAGCCACCCUGCCUUUUCCGACAGGCUUAAGGGGCUCAUUGCCUGGAUGCUGCGCGAGAACCCGCAGGUCAGACCCAAUAUUUAUCAGGUGCUCCGUGAGGCUUGCGCAAUGCAAAACCGAGAGCCUCCGGUCAAGGAUAUUUACUCAAGCAAAUCGCAAGCGGACGCCCACCGGCGCGACCAACCUCUGCCCGACCCCCAUGGGGCCAAGUCGCCGCCGGCCGUCGGCGCCGUCUUCUCCCCACAACCCACCCACCACCAACCGGUGGUUCCCGAAGUUGAGCGCAUGCGACGGGGAAGGGUGCCUGUUGCCCAGUCGCCGCAGCCGAACCGGCCCAGUCCGUCUCCCGGCAAGGUGACCGACGGCGACCCCUUCGCUGCCCUUGACUCCAGGGCCGUUGUGAAGGGCGAUGAGCUGUCCAGCAAGUUCCCAACCCUCGACCAAUUCUCUCUGCUUCACGACAAAGGCCAGAAGUUCGAGUUCGACGACGGCUUGACCAACUCGCCACUACAGCCAAAGGAUCUGUCCCAGCGGGUUGCCGAAAGAUUGGCAGAUGAGGCGUUCCAAGUGAAGCCCCCUCCCUCCUCCGCGCCCGCUGCACCAAGCCCGAGGCAGUCUAUGGAUAUUAGCAGACCAAACCCGUCGGUCAUGUCUCCGCCCCUUAAAUCAGCCACCGCUCCCUCAAAACCGCGCGAGGUCAGCCGUGCAUCAACCAUCAUCUCGAACACCCCUGAACUACAGGCUCUCUCACAAACACCGCCCCCACCUCCCAAGCCGACCAUGGUGUCAAUAGGGACCAUGACGUCCCCGUCCCUAGAACAAGUUGCGCCGUACCAAAUCCAGCGUUUCCCUCCCAGUGAUCGUCACCGAGCGGCCAGUGUCCCUCGGCCGGCACUGACUAACCAAAACCCACCGCCCCCUGGCGAAGCAAUGGGUUCUCGGACGCCUUCGUUCCAGGGCGUGGUUGCCCAACAAACACACGCACGCCACCCCUCAUCGUCGAGGCCGUCAUUAGAAGGCGGAAGGCCGAACCUGGAGCAACUGGGAUCCGGUCAGGCCCGGGAAACAAGAGCCAAGUCUCCUGCUCUGCCCUCUCCGAGGCUCUCGUUAGAGAGGAGCCAACCGCCAAGCCCGGACGAAGAGACAAACAUCGAAUCCAACGUGGACUUCCUCCGCGCGAUGGAGGACUGGGAUCCGAAGAAGGACAAGUUCGCCAAGCAGCACCCCAAGCGAGGCAGUCUCUCGUCGCUCGGCGCCGGCACCAAAAACAUCCUCGCCGGCAAGUUCGGCGAUGCCUUCAAGCGCUUCGAGGCCAACACGACCGGGCCACCCCAACCGCGCACACCGUCUCCACUCAAAGACCUCGAACACCACGAUCGCCACACUCUCACGCCUAUCGCCGGAUCCGAGGCCGUCGACGGCCGCAGCGACGAUGGCCAGUCACCGGAAUGGGAAGACAUGACGCCUGAAAUGCGCCGCGAGCAGGAGGCGCGCAUGCUCGCGCAAGAGGAAGCACGCGUGGCCGCCGCACAGGCCGAGUACAGACAGCGCGUAGGCCAGCGAACCGGUGGUGGUGGUCCGCCCGUACCCCCACCCAAGAGCAUCGGCGGCGUCUCACGCGUCGCCUCCAUCCAGAACAAGGUCCAAAGCCUUAUCGACGAGAGCAACCGCGCCUCCACCACAAUCCCGCGCACCGCUCAGGGCUAUGGCCACUACUCCGACGCCGCCGCCGCCCCUCCCAACCCCAACUCCAACCAGCCGAGCGAAGGCGCCCACAACAAACCAGCCGUCCCGCGGAAACCCACGGGCGGGGGCGGGCAGCCACCGCAACCGCAACGCCCGUCGGCAGCGAUAGGCGUCGAGCCCUCCGCCACCGGCCGAACCAUGGCCGCCACCACCACCGGCAGCAACCGGCCGCCGGCCCCGCCGAAACCCACCCACCUCAACAAGCCUCUACCAGGCGGACGCCCCCCGUACCCCGCCAAAAUGACCCCGCUCAUGCCGGACCUGUCGGCCAACGCGCGGGGCCUGUCGUCGCCCAAGCUCAGAGUGCCCUUCUUCCACCAACGCUGUUGCAGGGAGUAG